GCUUCAUCAAAUGCUGGUUAAGGAAGAAGACCGACCAAAAACGGCCUUCGUGUUGUUUGAAGGCACGUGGCAGUGGGUUCGGUGUCCUAUGGGGAUUUGCAAUGCACCUGCUACGUUUCAACGGGCUAUGAACGUGACCUUUCAGAACUUCGUCAACAAGACGCGACUAACUCAGGGGAUGAUCAACUUUUGCGUCAUCGUGUACAUGGACGACAUUCUGGUCUACUCAAAGACCUAUCACGGAUAUGCACAGCGUAUUGAGUGGACGUUGGGAGCUCUGAGAGACGAUGGGUUCAAGAUCGCGUUAGAAAAGAGCGAGUUUUUCCUCUCGGAGAUCUCGUUUUUGGGUUACGUGGUGACACGGGGAGGAUUACGGCCAGAUUCAAGGAAGGUCGCGGCUGUGAGAGACGCCCCUGUUCCCACAUCACUGACGCAACUUGAAGUUCGAGCCUUUUUGGGACUGGCGUCGUACUACCACCGAUUCAUCAAGGGUUUUGCAGCGAUUGUGCGGCCCCUAACGAACUUGUUACAAAAGGAGCAGCCCCUCAGUUGGGACGACGAAUGCGAACAGGCCUUCGCCACCCUCAAAGACGCUUUGGCUACAGCGCCUAUUUUGAUCCGACCGGACCCUACGAAGCAGUUCAUUCUCAUUACGGACAGGCAUCCGGAGGCGAUUUCCGCUAUUUUAGCGCAGAAGGGGAACGACAGUCGUGAACACGUCAUCGAGUACGCAUCUCGUACAGUGCCAGACAAACGAAGGAACGAUUCGGCCCCGCAAGGCGAAUGCUAUGCAGUGGUCUGGGGAAUCCAACACUUCCAUCCGUAUCUCUACGGACAGAAGUUUCUUCUUGUGACUGAUCACGAGUCACUGCUGGCUCUCAAGAGGAUCACCAAUUACACGGGCAUGAUUGGGAGUUGGGCAGUGCGCCUACAGGAGUACGAUUUCGACAUCAUCCAUCGAAAGACGGAGAGGCACGGGAACACGGACGGAUUGACACGUCUGCACCGACCAGCUAAGCUGUUGGAUGACCUUCCCCUCGACAUCGUGUCACAUUGCGACGAGAGUUCGGUGCCGCAUGUUCUUUCACGGAGAUUAACGCCGUAUUUGCAGUGGUCAGCCUGCUUGGAGGAUCGAACGGGAGGUGGUAGCUACCCGUCGCGGACGGAGUAUUUGAAUCCCCGAGCGAUAAUCGACAUCCUCUUCUUCGAGCCUCGGACGGCGUCCGAAGAUGAAGCGGUAGAGGCAGACUUUGAGGAGGAAGAAGAGGAGGACGAGGAGGAAGAAACCCCUGAAGAAGGGAGUUAUAGUGAGUACAGUGAGCAGGAGUCCGAGGAGGUGAGCGAAGAAGAAGAAGGAGAAGAGGGAGAACAAUCCGAGUGGGAGAGUUUGGGAGAAAAGGCCAACCAGUCGGAAGGCCACGGGGAGGAUCCGGUGGAAACUGAGCGAAGAAGGGAAGAGAUAGCAGCCAGGAAGCGGCCGUUGGAGCAUUCAAGCGGCACCGAUCUGCCAACCCCGGACGACCCGACCAGAGAUCCUGAGCUGCCCGAGAGCGAGGAUGGGCUCCCUCCUGCAGGGACUUCGAGCACGCCGGGCUGGGCAAGUCCCGAGAUGGAUGGUUGAGUGGCGCUCCGCCGCCCGCGCGCUUAAUAAUGGUUGACG